AUGGAACUCUUCAGCAAUGUUGUCAUAGAACGGGAUUUCCCAGAACACAGUAUUCUCCUGACUGUGGAACCAGAGAUCAAGUCCAUCUUGGACCGGUCAGAACCGUCAACUGUCCGUUUCGUCCACCAACCUCAAGACUAUUACCAAAACUCUUCUCUAAUGGCCGAACCUUGCACAAGUCUUAAUGUCCAUGAUCAUUCCUCCUUCUGGUCGCACUCCUCCCCGAGCAACUCUUCCUCCACCUCUCCCAGCUCUCAGACUUAUCUCGACCCCGAGCCAGGAGAUCUACAAGCGGGAUUGUUGAUGGAUAGUAGUAGUUCGGAGGAUGACUCUCACCAAAUUCGAAGCAAAACCAGAAGUAAAGACACAGCCGAAAUCAUGUGCUGUAAAAAACCAUGGAAGCAGGGCGCAGACUUCAAUAAACACUGGAAUCGCGUACACAACCUCCGAUACGAAUGCGAGCACUGCGUCUUUACAGGAGCAGAUAAGAAAGAACUCCAUCGCCACUACUGGUCAUCCCACAAAGACUGGGCGAAAGCGAACAACAUUCCUAAACAAGGCGGGAACUGCAAAAGUUGCGGGAAGUAUUUUACGAGGAAGGAUCAUAUUCCUCGCCAUCUUAAACGGUAUCCCUUAUGCCGUGAAAAGCUAGGGCUUUGA